UGCAGGCUGCAGCACUUUCUGCAAUCUGUAAUCCGUGCACUAGUGUUUCAUAUUAUUCUUCUUAUCUCUCUUCUGCAAAGUGCAAACCCUACUUACUACUUUCACAGCUCCUUCCUCUGAUCCUCUUCCUUCCCAUACUCUCUGCUCCUAACUUUUUCUCUCUUCUCCCCUUUCUUCCAUUCCUCCUUGUCUCUCGCAAAGCAAAAUUCAUGGACGUGGACAAACUGAAAACUUCCACUAGUGACAGCAGCAUGGACAUGAUGAUGAUGAUGAUGCAAAUGGAAAAGUUCCCUGAAUUUUGUGAACCUUUUUAUAACAACAACACUACUACUACUACUACUACUACUCUUCUCUACCCAGAAAACGAGUACUUCUUAAACUCCACCACCACCACUCUACCCGUGUUCCCCAACGUCAACAACCCAAACGUUAUAACUCCACCACCCACCACUUUGAUUAAUCCACCACCACCUUCCUCCAAUUUCGUUCUACAACAACCCAUGACACCUCAUCUUGAACCCAACCCGGAGAAGAAGAAUUCUGUGGCGGCUAUGAGGGAGAUGAUUUUCCGUGUAGCAGUGAUGCAACCUGUUCAUAUAGACCCGGAAUCCAUCAAGCCACCGAAGAGAAGGAACGUGAAGAUUUCGAAGGAUCCUCAGAGUGUGGCGGCGAGACACAGAAGAGAAAGGAUAAGCGAGAGAAUAAGGAUCCUUCAGAGAUUAGUUCCCGGUGGGACCAAAAUGGACACGGCUUCUAUGUUGGAUGAGGCCAUACACUACGUGAAGUUCUUGAAGAAACAAGUGCAGACGCUGGAACAAGCAGGGGCAACUAGACCCUUGAAUGUUGUUGGCUUCCCUACUACUGUGUCCAACGCCAAUAAUAAUGUUAAUUAUUCUAGUUUUGUGAAGAGUUGCCAACCUUAUCCAAUGCUGGGUUCUUCAGCUUCUAAACAAUUGCUCAGUUGACAAGUGUUUGUGUAAUACAUGCAUGAAUCAAUGAAUUAUACAUGUGGUGUAUUUUUUUAUCUUCA